GUUUCUGGAUAAUCGACUGUUUGCCACUUGUUCUGAUGACACUACAAUAGCACUUUGGGAUUUGAGAAAGCUGAACACAAAAGUGUGCACUUUACAUGGUCACACCAGCUGGGUUAAGAACAUCGAGUACGAUACCAAUACGAGAUUACUGGUAACGUCAGGGUUUGAUGGAAACGUGAUCAUCUGGGACACAAAUAGGUGCACAGAAGACGGAUGUCCCCACAAGAAGUUUUUUCACACCCGUUUUCUUAUGAGAAUGAGGCUGACACCAGACUGUUCCAAAAUGUUGAUCUCAACCUCCUCUGGAUAUCUUCUGAUUUUGCAUGACCUUGACCUAAACAAAUCUUUAGAGGUUGGCAGCUACCCGAUUUUAAGAGCUAGGAGGACUACAUCAAGUUCAGACAUAACGUCAUCAGGUUCGUCAUCAGGUUCGUCUGGUCCUCGAGUAGCUGGUUCACCAUGUCACCAGAAUGAUUCAGCUCCACUGUCUGAGAAACACAUGUCACGGUCGUCCCAGCGGGAAGGUGGAUCACCUAGAAAUAGUUUGGAGGUCUUAACACCAGAGGUUCCUGGAGAAAGAGAUCGAGGGAAUUGCAUUACGUCACUACAGCUACAUCCAAAAGGGUGGGCUACGCUUCUUCGGUGCUCAAGUAAUACAGAUGACCAGGAGUGGACUUGUGUCUAUGAAUUCCAGGAAGGAGCCCCCGUGCGCCCCGUCUCGCCUCGUUGUUCCCUGCGGUUGACUCAUUGCAUUGAAGAAGCCAAUGUGGGCCGGGGUUACAUCAAAGAACUGUGUUUCAGUCCCGAUGGCCGGAUGAUUUCAUCCCCGCAUGGCUUUGGGAUCCGCUUGUUGGGGUUUGAUGCACACUGCAGUGAACUUGUCGACUGUUUGCCCAAAGAAGCCAGUCCCCUGAAAGAGAUCCGUUCCCUCUACUCCCACAAUGACGUGGUACUGACAACCAAGUUUUCUCCAACACACUGUCAGAUUGCCUCGGGGUGCCUUAGUGGACGUGUUUCUCUCUAUCAGCCAAAGUUCUAG